AUGGAUGGCAUGAUUCCAACUGCAGGCAAAGAAGGCUAUGGCGUCGUACCAGGUUCGGCAGAAGCAGGUUUGGACGUCCAGACAGUCUAUGAGUGGGAGUAUCUGGGCGAGCCUCUCUUUGUAUUCGCAUAUACAGCCAUGGUAGUCGGGCGGCAGUGCUUGGCGCUCUCACUAAUCGCACUUCAAGUGUUCUCGACGCGCAUUCAAAAAAUGCUUCAAGCAGAUGCCAAAGAUUUCCUCAUGCAGUGUGAUCCUGCUAGCAUUGGGCUCGCGCAGAGCUAUGUUUGUGAGGCUUCGAAGGCAUUCGUUCGGUGCUUUCCUCCUGUAUCCAUAAUUGUGGCUUUAGUCGUGGCAUCGCAGCUUAUUUUAUGUCAACGGCUGUUUUACCUAAUGAUCCGACACGGCGUUCUGGUCGACUUCCAGAACCUGGCGCCUUACAAGGAUCCAAUGUUCUGGUGGGUCGUGAUCACGUGCGUGCUGGCUCUCUGCCACUUCAUUUUUCACAUGGUCGUGGCUGAGCAGCAGGACAUGGAGGUUCACGAUCUCAAGGCUGUGAUUGACGCUGUUUUCUUUGGCCUGCCGGCACUUUUUUACAUCAUCUUCUUGUAUAUGUCCUAUGAUGUGGAGUGGCUUCUCCUGCCUCUGUCCAAGUUCUGGGAAGAGGACCCUGAAUGGGCACUGAAAACUUCUUCUGAAUUGGUUUCUUGGCUAAAUCUUGAUGCAAGAGCCACCGGUCCACUUCACCCAGAGUCUUGCUGUCAGGUGUUCAUCAAGGAUAUGGCAGAAUCCAUGUGCAUCGCUGCGCAAAUGGCACCAGGGUAUCAAGCCGGUGGGCUGGAUGAGCGAGCAACGACAGCAGCGACUGCGAUUAAGCGGCAAGGCUUGAUUCAACGCGCUUGGAUUGUCGAGCUCCUUAUGGACUACAGAAUGGCCGAUGAUAAAAGCCGUCAUUUUCGAGUGGCGUGGUCUCUUUGGAUUUUCAUCACCGCCCUCAUAUGCUUUGCGGCAGUGGCCUUGCUUGCGCUCCAGAUUGCCAAAGACGUUGAGGACAUUGUCCGCGGUCAACAUGCAGAGAUCCUUGGCACCGUUGUCACAGGCGUGAAUGUCCUUUGCAUGGUUAGCGUGAUUCUGAUCUUUCUCUACGACGCCUGGCCGUCGAGGUCCACAUCUGUAUGA